AUGCUACAUUUGCGAUCACCCAAUGGCGCAUCAAGCCAUAAUCAAGAAACGAUUCCAUCGCAACACGCCUCCGCAGUGCAGAUUCAAUCCAACCCUCCGGCAAAGAUAGCAGAACCGCCAAUGCAAACUUGUGCUGCUUCGUUACAACCUCCACAAAAUCCUACCCAACCCAAUGCCUCUGCUAGCCGCUCGCCUGUUUCCCUUCCUGCAAGUUCGUCCACUACCAGUAACGUAGUAUUCCUCUCAACGGCAGUAGUCCGAAUUGCAGAUUUGCACGGAAAUACUCAUCUGGCACGAGCUCUUUUGGACUGCUGGUUCGAACGAAAUUUACUUAGUGAACGUCUAGCACAAAAACUCGAUCUUCAUCGACGAGAUGAUCCUCUUUCGUUCCAAGGGGUUGGACCCGCUCUCGCUAAUUCCAAACAAUCCGCAACGGCAAGAGUAUUUUCCCGUUGCACAGAUUAUUGCAUCGAUUUAAAAUUUCACAUUCUUUCUGAACUAAAACCCAUCCUUCCUUCAAACCGUGCACCAGUCGCAGAUUGGAAGAUUCCUACAUCGGUGCAUCUAGCUGAUCCAAAUUCCCACGAGCCCAAUCGAAUUGACCCUAUAAUUGGAGCAGAGGUGUACUAUCGUUUACUUUCGAAUGGUUUCGUUGAACUCGGUACAAACCUGCCGAUUCUCAAGGAAACCGUUUUUGGCUGGAUUGUUUCCGGGAAAUGUGACACAUUCCCCAGCCAACCACUCGCUACCAUGCUGGUAUAUAGUAACGCCGAUCUCGAAAUGCAAAUGGCGAAAUUUUGGGACCUCGAAUCCUGUCGGUCCGACAACACACUUUCGGCGGAGGAACGCCAGUGUGAGUCGUAUUUCUCGGAAACAACAUACCGAGAUUCGAACGGACGCUUCGUUGUAUCACUGCCCAAAAGGGAAACCCUUCUCACUAGCCUUGGAGAAUCUUAUGCUACGGCUUUGCGACGUUAUUUGUCAUUGGAAAGACGGCUGCUAAUAAAGCCGGCUCUUCUGAAAGCGUAUACAGCUUUCAUUCACGAGUACAUUGCACUUGGGCAUAUGGUACAAAUCGACCCCACAACCGAUUCCCUUCCACCUGGGAAAAAACCCUACUACAUGCCUCAUCACUGUAUUGAACGACCGGACAGCGUGACAACGAAACUACGAGUCGUUUUCGAUGCUUCGUGUGCUAGUGACACUGGACUGUCCCUGAACGACACUUUAUUGGUUGGGCCGGUCGUACAAGACGACCUAUACAGUAUGAUUCUCCGAUUCCGGCUUCAACGUUUUGCUAUUGUAGCUGAUCUGGAGAAAAUGUAUCGGCAAGUGUGGAUACAUCCAUCCGAUCGACACUUGCAACGUAUCUUGUGGCGUGAUUCCGCGGACGAAACAGUUCGAGCAUUCGAAUUAUUGACCGUAACCUACGGUACAGCAUCGGCACCGUUCCUCGCAACCCGCUGUUUGCAACAACUCGCCGAAGACGGGAAAUCGCAACAUCCCAAGGCAGCUAAAAUCCUGUUCAAAAAAUUUUAUAUCGAUGAUCUGCUCUGUGGCGUCACGACGGAAGAAGAAGGAGUUGAGCAAUGCAAUCAGCUGAUCGGUCUGCUGCAAUCGGCCGGUUUCAAAUUGCACAAGUGGGCAUCGAACAACCCCGUCAUUUUAAACAACAUUCCUACAGAAUUGCGAGAUGACCGAAAUGUGCUGGAACUGGAUUCUUCGUCAUCAUCCGUCAAAACACUAGGGCUUCUGUGGCAACCUGACGAGGACAUCUUUCGCUUUCAGGUACCACGGUGGACCACGGACUCGCCUAUCACCAAACGGCUGGUGCUGUCCGAUGCAGCGCGUCUAUUCGACCCACUCGGUCUGGUGGGGCCGACAGUUCUGCAUUCCAAACUGUUUAUGCAGGAGUUGUGGUUGUCCAAGCUUUCCUGGGACCAGUCAUUAACCGAUACACUUCAAGAUACCUGGAAGGAAUUUCGCGAUGAUUUGGAGGUAUUGCGGACAUUCUCAAUUCCACGGUGGGCGGCCUCUUACGCGAACCCAGCAACCAUCGAACUGCAUGGGUUUUGCGAUGCAUCCGAGCGCGCUUACGGUGCCUUUCUAUACGUUCGGACUGUAACCGCAAUAGGAUUCGGUAAAUUUGUUAACCGCUAA